AUGAUUAAAACCCUUGAAUGCUUUGGCUUCAAUGGAAAAUUUUGCAACUGGAUUUUGGUGAUCUUUAAGUCUGCAUACCUUUACAUAGGGCUUAAUGGCAAACAAGUUGGUUAUUUUAAAUGCUCUAAUGGUGUUAGACAAGGAGAUUCUUUAUCCCCUUUUCUUUUUUGUCUUGCUGAAGAAGUGCUCAGCAUGGGCAUUUCUAACCUGGUUGAUAGCAAUCAAAUCAAUCUCAUAAAAGCUUCUAGAAAUUGCUUUGUACCUUCCCAUAACUUAUACACUGAUGAUAUCAUGUUUUUUCGUCGUGGGGACCCUAACUCUUUGAAUGCUAUUGCCAAUCUUCUGAAGGAUUAUGCUAAUUGCUCUGGUCAAUAUUGUAAUAAUGCUAAGUCUAUUAUUUAUGCAGGUGGAAUGAUUCAAAGUAGGCAUCAAAGGUUGGUCGAUCUGAUUGUAUUCAAAAUUUCCUAUCCUCCUUUCAUCUAUCUUGGUGCUCAUAUUUUCAUUGGGAGACCAAAAUCUGCUCACUUUCAAUUUGUUGCUGACAUGAUUAGAAUUAAGCUGGCUGCUUGGAAGGCUAGCCUUCUCUUCAUGGCAGGAAGAACUCAGCUUGUGAAAUCGGUUAUUCUAAGCAUGACUGUCCACUACAUCACUGUUUAUAACUGGCCUGCUAGCACUAUAAAAAAUAUUGAGACUUGGAUGCGGAAUUUUAUUUGGAGUGGCAAUGUGGAUAAACGGAAGUUAGUUACUGUGAAAUGGAAGAUUUGUUGCAAAAAUUUGAAAGAAGGGGGUUUAGGAAUCAAAUCUGUAAAGACUUUUAAUGAUGCUGCAAAUUUACAUUUGUGUUGGCGUUUUUUAAAGGACUCUAAAGGUAGGUCUAAGGUGUUGGCUGCUAGAGUGAGAAGGAAUAAUCACAACAUAAAAUAUUCUAUUAAGUCUUCAAUUUAG